AUGUCCACCAAGAGGGGGUACCCCCUCGGCGACCAGACGCCGGUGCCGUUUACAUGUCAGUCCGACUGGAUGUGCGACGCUACCACCUUGCUGAGCAACGCCAAGGCGUACGACUUGCAACUCUCGGCGCCAGUGUACCCGUCGUCAUCGCCCACAAUUUUCAACGUGACGUAUUCCAACCUCAGCGUGUCUGGCGUGAGUGGGUUUAAUGUGCGGGCGGGCGAAGACAUUUGGAAGCGAGGGUUCGGGAUCGACAACACGCCCAUCGUCAAAGGGCAAUAUGGGGGCUACGUCAUCUUCGGGUCCAAGACAGACCGAUUGUUUGGGUACAACCUCGCCGUGAAUACGACAGGGCCCCAUGCGUCGGUCCUGCACAAAGCCCUGCUGGACGAAGCACUGUACCGUAAAGUGACGGGCAACAACGACUUGACGCUGCGUCUAACGUCCAAGCCGCUGCCGUUGACCAACUACUCCAAGGUCAAGUUGUCCACGUUGCUGUCGUUCAUGGCGCCCAUCUUCGUCGUCUUGGCGUUCUCGCUCUACACUGCGUCCGUGGUGCCGUACCUCGUCAAAGAGCGCGACCCGACGGCUAACGCCAAGCACCAGCAGCUCGUGUCAGGCGUGGGCGUGCCAGCGUUCUGGCUGGCCAACUUGGCGUGGGACUUGGUCGUGUACGCCGUGCCUUGUGCCACUGGCCUCGUGGCUAUCUACUUCUUUGACAUUACGCCGUACACGGGCGUGGACUGCAAAGCCUGCGCCACGUCUCCGUUUCCAGCCAUCGUAUUGGCGUUUGUUCUGCUCGGGUUUGCCCUCAUAUCGUUUUGCUACGUCUUGUCGUUCGUGUUGAAAAGCGCCGCGUCGUCGCAGACGUAUGCGAUACUGUUGAACGUGCUGCUCGGGAUGAUCUUGCUUAUCGUGUCGACGAUGCUGAACAUCCUCAACGCCAAAACCAAAGCUAUCAAUGCCACGCUCGUGUUUGUGUGGCGCCUGUCGCCUCUAUUUUGCGCCGGAAAUGGCUUGUACACGCUCAGCCAGGUCACGUUGGAAUCGACGGAAGGGGCCGGUCCAAAAUCUGCCUUUAGCACGGACGUGAUGGGCUACGAACUGCUCUACUUGGCCGUGGAAGCUGUCGUAUUCCCAUUGCUCGCUAUGGGGGUCGACCACAUUCUGAGCUAUCCCAAGCUCAAAGCCAAACUGUCCCGCGACCCCAAAGGCAUCCGCGAAGCACCUAGCGACGAAGAAACGGACUUCGAUGUCGCCGCUGAAGAGCGUCGAGUGGACUCUGGCGCCGCGAGCCAGCAAGACGCCGUC